UCCAAGUUCCAAUAUGGCUGCCUACAGGGUCUCGCCGGAUUACUGUUAAGCCUAACAACUAUUCCAAACUAAUGAGUCGUCUUUGACCAAAUACGCUUCAAACAUGUUUCAACUUAUUUGCUGUAGACAUGGGAUAUAUUCGCCUUUGCGGGCACAGUUCUUUUCUUCGCCGUGUAGUAAAACAGGAGUCCACUGGAAGCUGUCACGGUGGUUUUCCUCAGGGACUCAUGCACGGAGCUCCUCGCAGCAGCUGGAGAGCGCCGUCAGUCGCUUCUGGCGUCUCACUCAGAGGACCGUACGGCGGUCUCCGAAGGGCAUCAAACCCCAGGGUUUGAAAUUCAUCCUCGGACCAGCGUUUCUAACCGUCUCAACACGCUUGUUUUGCCACGUAGCUCACUGUCAAGAAGACGUAAACAACAACACUCCACUAGAAGUUGUAGCCAAAGACUCGGCGCCGGAGUUCAAAUGGCACAUCCUGUGGGAGUUCGUCAAACCUCAGCUGUUUGCUCUCAUCUGUGCAGUCGUGCUCGCUUUCGGGGCGGCCAUCUUGAACAUUCAAAUCCCCCUGAUGCUGGGAGAUCUGGUGAAUGUGGUCGCACGCUUCCUCAGGGACAACACAGGAACUUAUGUGGGGGAAAUGACAGCCCCUGCCCUGAAACUACUGGGACUGUAUGGUAUCCAAGUGAGAGAGGCGUCACGCUGUCAGGUGGGCAGAAACAGCGCAUCGCCAUCGCCCGCGCGCUGAUCAAAAACCCCAGCAUCCUGAUCCUGGAUGAGGCCACCAGCGCUCUGGACGCAGAGUCGGAGCGAGUGGUGCAGGAGGCUCUGGACAGGGCGGCAAGAGGUCGCACCGUGCUAAUCAUCGCCCACAGACUGAGCACCAUCCAGCGGGCCGACCUCAUCUGUGUCAUGAGUAACGGACGCAUCGUGGAGGCUGGGACACACCUGGAACUGCUGAGCAAAGGUGGUAUUUACUCCGAUCUGAUCCGCAGACAGAGAGCCGAGGAGAAGAAAUGAAAACCGCUCCACUUUUUCUUCAUGUAGAUCAACUCUAAAAAGGUUUAAUAAAUGUAAUGUGUUGAUUAAAGUGUAAAUGUUUACUUUUUGUCUUUAGAAAAUCAGAAAAUCCCUCUCUGCAUUCAGCCAUGAAUAGACCAGCAUUGUAAAGCCUUUGCUUUGAAUAACAUGAUAAUUUAUUUCUUCCACUGUGAGAAGUUUAAAUAACUAAGAAAAAAAUAAAAGUUGGUUUGAUUGAAAAAAA